AUGGCUGGAUCAUUAUCUGAUAACCCGAGGGGCAAGCAAGCGGUCGAGAUCUCUUCUGUCUUCACUGGUCUGGCUCUCAUCACUGUCGCCCUUCGACUGUACACGCGCUUCUUUAUAAUUCGAUGCGUGGGUAUCGAAGAUGCCGGCAUCGCUCUCGCAAUGACAUUCUGGUCCAGUCUCAUCGUAUAUUACCUAUCGCUCGGUUUGACCAAAGGAUCCAUGCUCCUUCAGUAUCGACGCAUCUUCCCGACCAAGAAGUUCCAGAUCGCGAACUGGCUCACAAUGGCCGUUGUCGUUGCCUACACCAUCUGGACAGUCUUCUCCAGUAUCUUCACCUGCACACCUGUACGAGCUUUCUGGACUCACGAGAAGUCUACUUGUCUUAACCAAUUCGCUGUCUGGUUCACAAACGCCGCCAUCAACAUCCUUACCGAUUUCGCGAUCAUCCUUCUUCCUAUUCCGGUCAUCCAGAAGUUAAACCUCGGCAAGAGGCAGAAGAUUGGACUCAUCUCCAUCUUCGCAGUUGGCGGAUUGUGA